GACGCAUGGUAAUCUCAGUCAGCAAGAUUUAGAAUUGAGUGCGGGCGGGCGCGCCUCAAAAAGGAAGUUUCUUUUCUCCCUCUGGCGACGACUAACAGUAGGCAAAUGCCAUUGCAAUGGGAUGGUGGCAAUAGUGGAAUCUACCACGACAGUGCUCUCGCGAGCACUAAGCGGCCUCUCCUAGAAUUCUAGAGAAACGUUUUUGGAGGCCUCGGGGUUGCUGCUUACCUACGCGACUAAUAUCAUCAGACACCCAAAUGAAGAAAAAUAUUGAUCUCUUUGGAUUGAGAAUCAAGCAUUUUCUACUAUAUUAUUGGCUGUCAGAGGAGUUGUUGAAUGCCUGUCUGAAAUGGGAUUUGUAGAGGGGGAAAUUCAUCUUACUUUUCCUAAGGAGGCAUCAAUUUAGCAGCUGUGCAGAAUUUGAAAUCUAAUUGCUGAAGGAAAGAAUAGCUGAAUAAAUGGAUCAGAUCAAAUGAGAUCAGGAUCCUCUGAAGAUACACAGCCUUCUGCUCUUCAGUCGACGCAUACUACUGAUACCAAAUUAGACACAGAUAUUCAGUCAGCUAUCAUGACAACCGAAUCAAUUUUCUUGAAGACACUUGAGUCAAAUUUUCUGCACGUAAUGGCAUAUGAAAAUCCAGUUUUACAGAAGAAAGCUUUGGCUUAUAUUCCACUCCAAAAUCUGAAAAAGCAAGCUCAGAAAAAAUUAACACACGCCCAAAAACUGGACAGAGAUUGUAUUCUGAGAGAAGAGGAUAUUCUUCUGGUGGAGCUCAUCAACUGGUUUAAAUGUAGUUUUUUCAAGUGGGUAGAUAGCCUACCAUGUAGCAAAUGCGGGGGACAGACAGAAACUAAAGAUAAUUUGUCACCUAACGAGGAUGACCUGAGAUGGGAUGCAAGUAGAGUUGAAAAUCAUUUCUGUAACCAAUGCAAGUUCAGCAACAGGUUCCCAAGAUACAACAAUCCUGAAAAGCUCCUGGAAAUUAGACAAGGCCGUUGUGGUGAAUGGGCUAAUUGCUUUACACUUUGUUGUAGAGCAGUAGGAUUUGAAGCAAGAUACAUUUGGGAUGCAACAGAUCAUGUAUGGACUGAAGUUUAUUCUGUAUCACAGAAAAGAUGGCUUCAUUGCGACUGUUGUGAAAAUGUCUGUGAUAAACCCCUUUUGUAUGAGAUUGGAUGGGGGAAAAAAUUGUCCUAUAUUAUUGCCUUUUCUAAAGAGGAGAUUGUUGAUGUCACCUGGCGUUACUCUUGUAAACAUGAAGAAUUGCUUUCUAGAAGGACACAGGUCAAAGAAACUGUGCUACGAGAAACAAUCAAUAAUCUUAACAAAAUUAGGCAGCAAAUACUGAGUGAGGCAAGAAAAAAUGAGCUCUUACAAAGACUCAUAGUAGAGCUUGUUGAGUUUAUUUCUCCAAAAACACCAAAGCCAGGAGAAUUUGGUGGAAGAGAAUCUGGAUCAUUGGCUUGGAGAGUUGCCAGAGAUGAAAUUGCUUUAGAGACUAAAGAAAUAGUAUUUAUUCCAACUGUAAAAGAGAAAGCCUCCAAGCUUUUUCACCUCAGCUAUAAUAUAGUGGAAGAUUGUUACACUCGAAUAUCAAAUAAUAAUGAAAAAAUCAAUGGUUGGGAGAAUGGCGUUUGGAAAAUGCAUUCUUUAGGGAGAAAGGUUGAAUCAGACUGGAAAAUGGUUUAUUUAGCUCGAAAGGAAGGCUUCUCAUCUGGCUACAUCUGUUGGAAGUUUGAAUGUGGCUCUGCUGGUCUAAAAAUAGACAACAUUUCCAUUAGAACAACCAACCAAACAUUUGAGAGUGGAAGAGUAAAGUGGACGCUGCACUCUGGAAGCAUUGCAGUUGGUGUUAAUGGAGAUAAAAGGCUUCAUUCUUAUCCUGAUAUUUCCAACACAACAAAUGUUAUCUUAGAAGCUGAACUAAGUGGAGGAGAUGGCAAUAUUGCUUGGCAACAUGCACAGCUGUUUAGACAAAGUUUAAAAGAGAUUGAAGAUUGUUUUGAGAUUAUUAUAAAAUUGAGUGACUUCUGAAUAUCAAUACUCUGAUGAAACUACUUCCAGACAAAAUAUUUUCAGAAGUAAAUGAAUAGUGCAAAAACAUCAUAUUCAGUAUCACUGAAAAUAUACCGCUAAUAUGAAAUGCAAUGAAAUUCUACAUUACUUUGUUUUCUUUGAAAAUAAUGAAAUAAAUAUAUCAAAAUGGGAAAGGAUAUAAAAUUUUAUUACUUCAAAAAGCAAUUCUUUGAAUACCUAUACAGAGGAAAACAAUUAAAAAAGAAGCUAAAUAAUCAUGUAUAGCAUUCUCCUGCAUAGUCUUUCAAAUUUUAAAAUAUAAGUUAAAAUAUUUAAUCUGUAAAAUAAGUUUUUUAAGAAUGGAAUGAAGAUUUUAGUGUCUUAAAUCUGGGUUCUGGAAUGUCAUUUUUAAAAACCACUUUUGUAUGAUAUUUUAACAUUUCUGUUUAUCUGUAAUUUUAUAGUAGACAAUUAAUUGCAUUACCAAUAUUAAACUAAUAGUAUAGUUACUACUGCUUCUUGUAAUUUUUAAUUUACUUAAACUUUAGUUUUUAAAAAUGAAAUUUUGUUAAGAGAUAAUGUUGAUGUACAUUAUGUUAUUCCUAAUUAUUCCAAAUUUGGUUUAGCUUCUAAUCUAGAAAAAUAUUAAAUAUAUUAUGUUCCUAAAAUUUGGACAAUUCCAAUAUAAAAAUAUAUGUUACUUAAAAGUGUAGAGCUUUGAUAAAAUAUCUAAUUUGGAUAAGCCUGUUAUAUUGUAUAAAUUUGGAUUGAUCCACAUUUUUAUAUAAAGUUGCUAUUCUUCUUCA